AUGAAUAAAGAUUUAAAUAAUAUUAUCAAUUCAAAUAAAAAGUUGUUGGAUAUAUUAAAAUCCAACAGAUCUGAAAUCAGACAAUGUGAAAGGAAAUUACAUGACUACUUAAUAACUAAAACUCAUAGUCUAUGUCUACCUAUAGAUCAACAGAUUGAAAAAAUCAACCUAAAAAUUAAUAAUAAUCUUUCAAAAUUAAAAGAAAUUGGAAUAAAAUCAACUUUGAAAGAGGAUAAAGAUAGUAAUAGUUCUAACAGUUGUAAUAAUAAUAUUAAUAAUAAUAACUAUGAAUAUUCUGAUGAAUAUAUUUUAUUAUCAUCCUCCAUAGAUGAAACAGAUUAUCAGAAAAUAUUGGAGAAUCUAAGGGAGUUCAAUCAAUUCAAUCAAGAGGAUAAAAAAACAGUUACAGAAUGUUUAAAAGAUUUGAAUAUAACCAACGUUGAUAUUAAACUUCAAGAAUAUCGAGUGCACCAGAGUGAACAUGAAUUGGAGGAAAUCAUGAGGAGAAUUUCGAAAUCAAUGGUGGAAACAAACCAUACUGUGAUCGUUUCAAUUUCUAAAACCGAUAAUGUUAUCAGAGCAACUUUGAUCAAUCUUCUCGAUCAAAAAACUCAAGAUCUUGAGUUCUCUGGUCAGAGUCAAAUGGCAACCAAAGAAAUCUAUGUAUUCAACGAUCUCGAAAAUGAGAUAGGUAUAAUCAAAGGUCAACUAGUUUCCUUUAUAUUUGAAAGAAAACUAUAUAUUCUAAUAAUCAAUAAUAAUAAUGAUAAUAAUGAUAAUAAUAAGUUCAUUAUCAUUGAUUUACUAUUAAAAAAUAAUAAUAAUAAUAAUAAGUUAAUAAUCAAUGAUAUACCAUUAAAAAAUAAUAAUAAUAAUAAUGAUAUAUUUUCAAAUGUACUGGCUUGUUGUGCUGAUGAUAUAGAUGGUUUGAUUUUUAUCUAUUAUAGAGAUCAUAGCUUUAUACAGUACGACAUUAAAGCAAAACAAGUUAAAGAACUUAGAGGGAGAUUUGGUUUUGCUAUAGAUGAUGACACGUACCUAUCAAUGGUGUACAAUAGACAAGUUAUAUUUGAAUACUCCAAUAAGAGCACGAUCUAUCUACUCGGUGGUCAGACACGUGGCAACUAUAUCUACUCUAUCAAAGACAACCAAUGGUAUCGAUUCUAUAACUCUGAUACCUAUAAUAGAGAUCAACAGCCUUCACUUCUUAUAUAUAUCUAA